GGCAUAACGCAAUUACUUCCGCCUUGACAAGAGAGGUGGAUGUGCGCCCAGGAUGCGGGUGAGCUGUGGCUUCGAGCACAGCCGUCUGUCGUUUCUCGAUUUAACUCGGAGGGUGUUCCCGCACGUUGCGAUAGCCUUUCAGCCUGCUUCAACUUUGUGCUCAACAACUAACCCAGCGUUGUAAAAAUGUUUACACAGCUGCAAUUAGUAGUGGCUGCCGCCUCAUUGUGGCAGCAUUCGAGCGCUACGCCCGCAGACCCGACUAUCACCACCGCCGCGGUAUUGCCACGGCAGAACAGCGAUGCUUUCAUCGGAUACAUCAGAGAGAACAACACAUGGUCCAGUCAAGAUUGCGAUCCUGGUCUGUUCUGGUUCCAGGGUGAAAAAUAUGCGCAAUGCUGCCCGACGACUCUUUCCACUUGCUACCCGGCAACAGCUUGUGUUGGGGGAACACAGAUCUAUACAUAUCCUGACGUCUCAAGCGUGAGCUCGAUUGCGUGUACCGAGAACUACAACGACCCUGCGUUUUCGAUCUGCAACACAAUCUUCAUCUACGAGAACAGCGGCUUAGGCGCUAACCAUAGGACGAACAUUGUUUGUGGAAAGUCUAGCAAAAACUGGACGUUUUUCCGUGAGAUUCCAACGUCGACUUCUGAAAGUGUUGACACAACUACAACUCCUGCCGCCCCUGCAACUGAAACCGCAACCCCCGAGCCAGAGUCAAGUUCAAAAGCAUGGAUCGCAGGCGUAGUCGCCGGUCCUGUACUAGGCCUCGCGCUUAUAGGAGCAGGCGUAUGGUUCUGCCUGCGCCGCAGGAAGAAGAAGAAUGCCCAAGUGGCUCAGCACGGAGCAGCAACUAUGGCGCACAUGAGCUCUUCCCAACCCCCACCAGGCGUUGGUGGCUACACUGAUGCGAAGCCACAGUUUCAACCAGCACAACCGACGUAUUACAAUCAACCAGGGCAGCUGGAUCCCUACGCUCAGCAAGGGUACCCUCAGCAAGGAAGCUUCUCCCCACCACAAGGGUCGCCUGCUCCGCAAUAUGGCUUUCAAUCUGCAUACAAUACCACUGCGAGCCCACCGUCGGGUGCUUACGCGCAAGAUGUCAAAUAUGGGGCCCCUGGUGGAGCCGUAGAGCUUGGAGGGGACAGCAGUGGAAUCGUCCCGGCUGCAUCAAGUGUGCCGGGUUCCCCACGGACAGAUGCGGCUCCUCCUGCUCAGGUUGCGGAAUUGGGGGCAACGGACGCGACACCUGUCCAUUCUGGGAAACCGCAUUAAGUGACUUCGAGCACUGAAGUCGUAUAAUAAUGUACAGUAUGGUGGAGGAAAUAUGAAGUUUGUUCAAAGCAGUUUUAGUAUUCAUGGUCAUAUUGAGAUCCAUGAAUAGGUUUGAGUCGACUCACCGUAGAUUGCAAGUUAAUGUACAUUCUCAAUUCAAGAAUCUAGU